AUGUCGAUACAUAUACGCAGAGGUUUUAGCUACUUGUUUUCCCAGAAUCCUUCUCUUCUCUGCAAAUCCCGCGCUCCUUUCUCUCUCUAUUUCUCUACUUGUAUCGAACAGCAACCUCAAACAAAUCCCGUACUCUCCGAUUUCCUGGUUCAAAACUACCAUUUCCGGCCUCAAGCAGCUUCACAAAUCGCCUCCGGUUUAACCGGUCUGAAAAACCCUCACCAAAAAUCCGAUCUUUUACUCACAUUCCUGAAAGAUAUCGGUUUCUCAGUGACCCAAAUGGAGAACAUCUUGAAAUCCUGGCCCGAAUUGCUCUCCGCGAACCUCGACAAAAUCAUCAAGCCCAAGAUAAAGAUUUUCCAGGAAUUCGGCUUUUCGGCCAACGAGAUCGUCGAGAUGAUCUCGAAAGAGCCCUCGAUUCUGCAUUCGAGCGCCGAUAAGAGGGUCAUUCCCUCGUUGUCUGUUCUGAAAGGCUUGCUUGGGUCCACUGCUGAAGUGGCCAAGUUUUUGAGGGUUAGUGGCUGGUAUUUAAAAACGGAUCUCGAUAAAACUUUGGUGCCGAAUAUGAAUUUCCUGAUUAGCUGCGGCAUCCCCACGGAGAAGAUCAUUUGGCUUAUGUAUUAUUUCCCGAGGUUUCUUCUGCAGAAGCCGGAAAAUAUGGAGAAAUUCGUUGCUAGGGCUGAUCAAUUGGGGGCAAAUCGGAGUUCCAAAAUGUUCGUUCAUUCAGUUCGUGCAGUUAGUUCGAUGAACAACGACACGUGGGAGCACAAGCUGAAGGCCUUUCGAGAUUUAGGGUUCUCGGAAGAAGGUAUAGUGAGGCUUUUUAGGGUUGAACCGCUGCUGUUUUGCAUAUCGGAGGAGAAAAUUAGGAAGCUUGAAAGGUUUCUUCUUGCCACCGGAAAGUACGAUCUUUCGUGCAUUGUGAAAAAUCCAACUUCGCUGACUCGCAGUAUCGAGAAGAGGUAUGAGCCACGGUUUCAAGUUUUGGAAAUUUUGGAACGCAAAAAUCUGAUAAAGAAUUGGCCUAGCUUUUCGGCUCUGUACAAAAUGACGGACAAUAAGUUUUUCGAGAAAUUUGUCAGCCCUUAUUACAAUGAAGUCGGUGAAGCUUAUAUGAAAAAAUGCGUGCUUGCUCGGAAAAAAGAGGUCGACUCUAAACCUUCGUAUAUUUGUCUGUCGAAUAGGUUUUGA